AGCCAGUAUUGUCCAAGUCAACAGCGCAGCGAGAGGACCUGCUGUCUGUUGUGAUGGGACAGAGCUGUACAGUGAUUAAAACUGUACUGUUAAUAUUAGCUGGUGAACGUACAGUAGCUUAACGUGGACCUAAAUGUAACUGAGGGCGACAGUUGCUCCCAGCGCUGACGUUAGCUGCCCUGUCAGACUUGACGACGAAGGAAACAACGUCUUGUAUGUCACACGGAUGAAAUGAAUGUCCACUGAGGAGACGUCUGUGUUUGUCAAGCGGAAAGAAACGUGUCUUGUCGAAGAGGACAGACAACAAGGACUAACGCCUUCAGACGAACAGCAGCUCUGUUGACAUUUGUGUUGCAUCCUUUCUAUGCUAACAUUGACUGUGGACUAGCUCGCUGGUGUUUGCUAGCCGUAUAGGCUGCUAGAGCGCGUAUGUUUUAGACAGGAGCGGGUUCAAUUAUUCAUUAUCACCAAACACGGUAACGUUAUUUCCAUUUUCUGGUUGGCAUGUUUUCAGAGAGCCUCUAUGGGCAGCAGCUAUGACGCUAGGUGUAGCCACAGGGUUAUGUCACUGUCGGGCUAACAGAUAGCUCGGUGUCUACAGCUGCUGUCAAUCUUUUGCAUGGUCAUGUCCAGCGGGGUUGGCAUCAUGUAGACUGUCCCACUGAACAGGUUAGGUGACCGGGGACACGCAUUGUGUUUAGUGAGCCUUCCUUGGAGAGUAAUGCAAAGCUGGAUUGCAGCUAUCCAACUGGGUCAAAGACUGACAGCUGGCACUGAUACAGUUUAGCUCAGGAUUGUUGCUAGCCAUGCUCAAAGCCGUCUGUUCUGUGUGAUAUUACAAACAUCUCAACCUACUUACAGGGCAUGUGAGUGCACCAUGUCCUGACUGCAUCUCUUAUUUAUGCAAGAAGGCACAUCAGAGCAGCCUGUCAUGAAAUAAAUCCGCAGUGGCAAGAAGCAGCAUCACUAGGACUGUGUGGAUAAUUUGCUCCAGGAUUAUUUUCUGAAUAAGAGAGCAACAUUCAAGGCAUCAGCUGGACCAUCAGCCCAUCGCAAUGGAGACUGUGGGAGAUUUUGAGUACAGCAGAAAAGACCUGGUUGGACAUGGAGCCUUUGCUGUGGUGUUCAAAGGAAGGCACAGGAAGAAGACCGAUUGGGAGGUGGCCAUCAAGAGCAUUAAUAAGAAGAACCUGUCCAAGUCCCAGAUCCUUCUUGGCAAGGAAAUCAAAAUCCUGAAGGAGCUGCAGCAUGAAAACAUUGUGGCACUUUACGAUGUACAGGAAACACCAAACUCUGUUUUCCUGGUCAUGGAGUACUGUAACGGAGGUGAUCUUGCCGACUAUCUGCAAGCUAAGGGGACGCUCAGAGAAGACACUCUGAGGGUUUUCCUCCAGCAAAUUGCAGCUGCCAUGCGCAUCCUCAACAGCAAAGGAAUCAUCCACCGUGACCUAAAACCCCAGAACAUCCUGCUGUCAUAUGUGGGCCGCAAGAAGUCCAACAUCAGUGGCAUCCGCAUCAAAAUAGCUGACUUUGGCUUCGCACGGUACCUCCAGAGCAACAUGAUGGCAGCCACACUAUGUGGGUCACCCAUGUACAUGGCCCCCGAGGUCAUCAUGUCCCAGAACUACGAUGCCAAGGCCGACCUGUGGAGCAUAGGGACAGUUAUCUACCAGUGUCUGGUCGGCAAGCCGCCGUUCCAGGCCAAUAGUCCCCAAGACCUGAGGAUGUUCUAUGAGAAGAACAAGAAUCUACAACCUAUCAUCCCAAGGGAGACAUCCCCACAACUUAGCGACCUUUUGCUUGGGUUGCUGCAGAGGAAUCAGAAAGACAGGAUGGACUUUGAUGCUUUUUUCAGCCAUCCUUUCCUGGAGCCAUCAUCCACCAUUAAAAAAUCUUGUCCAGUGCCGGUCCCCAGCACCUCCAGUGCAGUGACGGACAGUUCCUGUGGCAGCUCCCCAUGUAUCCGCUACAACUCCCCUCCUUCUCUGCCGGACAUGCAGACACUAGCAGAGGAUGGUCUGUCAUCCCCUCCGCUCGGUCCGCCCAACUUCCUGCAGCUGUCCAAAGAGUCUGCGGGAAGCACCAGCAGUAAGAACUCGUCCUGUGACACUGACGACUUUGUCCUGGUGCCUCACAUCUCUACCGACAGCUAUGACCAGCCAAUGGGAGUUGGGCGCCGGCCCUCCAGCGAGUUCCUCAUGUGUGGAGGGCAGCCGCAGCCCACCUCGGGACAGACGCCCAUGGUGUCCCCACGGGCUGAGACCACCCCGAUCCCAGUUCCCACCCAGAUCAGAAACUACCAGCGCAUCAAGCAGAACCUCUCCAGCAGUCCGACCACCACGCUGUACAGCUCCCCCAGGUCUGGCACAGUGAGGCGCUCAAACACUAGUCCUAUGGGGUUUCCCAAGGUGGGCUCAGGGUCCCCGAGCUCUGCAGACGUCCCUCAGACAGUAGGCAGGCGUCUCUCCACUGGCAGCUCCCGGCCCUACUCCCCCUCACCUCUUGUGGGAACCAUCCCUGAGCAGCUGGGUCACUGCUGCUGCCACCUGCAGAACCAUGAGCCUCGCAGCCGCAGCUCCUCAGGAGGUUCUCCCGUCCCAUCCUCUCAGCUCCUGGGGGCUCGGCUCCAGAGUGCCCCAACCCUUACCGAGGUCUACCAGACCAGGCAGAAACUCCACAAGCAGUUUUCAGACCCUGUUCAGCCCUCCUCCUCCUCCUGCAGCCACUCCCCUCAGCUUGGCCGACCAGCCAACCUCGGCUCCUCCCCCACCAAGCUCCUGGGCUCCUCCCCCCGCACGUCUGACUGGCUGCAGAAGUCUCCACUGCCCACCAUCAUCGGCUCCCCUACUAAGACCAUUUCGGCACCGUUCAAAAUCCCCAAAACGCAGGCGUCCUGUAACUUGAUGGCGCUGGCAGACAGCCCUGUGCCCACCAAGACAUUGGCAGAUGCUCGGGAUAUCUGUGCCCACCACUGCAGUCCGUACCUGACCGGGCGCCCAGCUGCCCCCGAGGCCAGCAGGACGUUUGGCAGGUCUGUUAGUACGGGUCGUCUGUCUGAGCAGCCAAUCAGAAUCACUCUGGGUGGACAGGCCUAUCAGGGCAGCACUGACAGCUUAAACACAGAGCGACCCAUGGACACAGCCCCUGCAGGUCCAUGUGGGCUGGCUCAGGGCGGGUCAGCGAGUCCCCGUACUGUCCUUUUCACCGUGGGCUCACCUCCUAACAGCAGCACUCCUCCUACCUGCAGCCAUUUGGGCACACGACCACGCACCACCUCAGUGGGCUCCAACAGCUCAGCUGGCUCCCUGUGCUCCACCAGCGGUCGCGUCUAUGUCGGAUCUCCACCAGGCAUGGCCAUGGGCUGCUCUCCUCCAGGAGGUUUCGCUGGUGGGCAGAUUGUCCCCGGGUCGGACGGGGCACCCAGCAGCCUGCGCUACGUCCCCUAUGGGACCUCUCCUCCCAGCUUGGAGGGAUUCAUCACAUUCGAAGCCCCUGAGCUGCCUGAGGAGACCCUCAUGGAGCGUGAGCACACAGACACCCUGAUGCACCUACGGAUGAUGCUUUCAUUUACCGACUGCGUCCUGGAGAUGGCGGCGGUUCGGGCCGGAGGGACGGAGCUUGGCGUGUCGGCCGCCUCCCUCUACCCUCCCCAGGACAGCGUGGUUGUAGACCAGAUCAGUCAACUCAGCAAAGAGUGGGGGCAGGUGGAGCAGUUGGUGCUCUACAUGAAGGCAGCACAGCUCCUGGCUUCCUCCCUCCAUCUGGCCAAGGCUCAGAUUAAAUCAGCCAAGCUCAAUCCAUCCACUGCCGUCAAACAGGUGGUCAAGAAUUUGAAUGAGCGUUACAAAAGCUGCAUCUCCCUCUGCCGGCGGCUGACUGACAAACUCAACCACUUCUUCUCUGACAAGCAGCGCUUUGUGGAUGAGAUCAACAGCGUCACCGCGGAGAAGCUCAUCUACAAUCACGCUGUGGAGAUGGUUCAGUCAGCAGCUCUGGAUGAGAUGUUCAAGCAGACAGAGGACAUAGCCUACCGCUACAGCAAGGCCGCCAUGCUGCUGGACGGCCUGUCCAAGAUCCUGCAGGACCCCACUGACAUUGAGAAUGUGGUUAAGUACAAGGCCAGCGUGGACCGCAGGAUCUCAGCCCUCUGCUACUGCACUGUCACACUGUACGAGUAGCAGCCCUUACACACACGCACACACACAGAGGGACCACGUCCUCAGACUGUUGACUACCAUCCUCACAAAGCCGCUGUUCCCUCCUGUAGCAGUUCAAGCACUUUUCAUUUGAUAGGUUUCAUCUGUAUUUAUCGUCGGUUAGUUUUACUGGCUGCAUCACGGACUGAACUGUGACAAGCGACUGAUGCACGAAUUUACAACCAAAGAUGACAACGGAUCCAGAAACAAAAGGCUGAAACCGGAUGUGGACAUAAUGCAUGCACUUUCAAGUGCAUCCUUUUUUUUCAUACGCUAUAAUGGUGGAAACCCACCUGAUCAAUAUAUAUAUAUAUAUAUAUAUAUAUAUAUAUAGAAAACUAAUGUCCAUCUUUCAGGAUAUCAUUUGUUUUUUUACCAGAAGAAGAAGAGGAUGGACAGGGCUAUGAGAUUGUGCGGGCUUCAAGAGACUCAAGCUCCCCAUGACACAGUUCAUCUUUUUAAAAUCCUGCUUACUAUGUGAUAUCAGUGGUUAUUUACUCUGUGUUUUAAGUUGUUAUUGUUCUUAUUUAUUGGUUCAGAAGAACACGGAUGUUUGAGUCUCCUGCCUGUCUUGAAAACCUCAAGUAUCGGAGUGGAAGGAAACAAGUAAUUAGCAAAAGGCUUACCGCCGAUCACUGUAACAGAUGAGACUCAGAAACAACAUGAACUUUUACAAGACACACAAACUCCUGUUACAGAAAGCAGACAGCCAUGUGAACAAAGGAACCUGUAGAUCUGUAAUUGCUUUUGUUUUUAUUUCUCAUGUGUUGUUAGCUCAAGCACUUUAUUGUGGAUUGAGAGGAGGAGACGUAUAUCUGUACAAGUUCUGAAGGAAGAAAUGUGAAGGCUGGGGAAGGGUUAACUAAUCACCUCCCAUCUUCGAAACUUUCCCGCUCUGUGUGCAUGAUCAAUAAGUCUACAGACUGCAUACGUUUCCCAUAAGGCCGAGCAACCUGGGGAACUUGGGACAGCCAAGACAAACUGCUGACAGCUCAGCUAGAUCUGUUCUCUUGUUAGCUGAUUUAAUUCAUACGUUUAAAGGGCCACACCUCCACAUUUUCCACCUGGAAACCUGAGAUUGUAAACCAGAUGACAUCAUAAGUGCUAUAAUCUCCUCGAUAAUUUAUGAUGAUGAUUUUUAAUUUAAUUGGUCUUUCGCAUGUUCUGCAACUUUAUGGAAGUGUAAUGCUACAUGGUGGAAUAUCCCUUUAAUUCCAGAUACAGUAGUUGUGUCUGGCAUAUGGACAAAUGGGCUACAGUUAGAAUGUAGCCAUUUAAAGCAGAUGCCAUCAAACCGUCAUUUAUCGAGCUGUGAAGCUUUGAUCGGCUUGUACUAACUUCAUUUUGCACUUAGGAACAGAAGAAUCGGACAGACAUUUGUCCCAUUGUUUUCCUUGUUGUUUAGUUUUACAGGAACGUAACAGCUGCGGUGACUUGUUGAUUUUGCCGCUCAGAGUGAGGAGGGGUUUAGGUGGGUUUAGGUUGGUGUGUAGGCUUGGAUAUUCCGAAGAAAAGCAGAACUUGAGAUCCUCUGCAGUGGUGGUGGGCCCUUCUCCGGCCUCCACUGCAGUGCUGAACAACCAAUCAGGAGUCCUCUUUAAACCCUGAUGGAGUUAAUUGUGAAUGGUCAUAUUACUUGACAUGUUACCUUAAUAAUAAGUUUCAUUUUACUAAAAUACUACAGCUUUUUAUGUUUGUCAGUAUCUGUAGCUAAUUUUUUUUAACAAAACUUGAUGUUUGCAAACUUGUAUAUAUUUGUAUGUGGUGCAUGUGAUGAUUCCUUUCCCCUCUUUUUUGGGAGGGGAGUGAGUGCGUGUGAGAUCACAGUUUGAGUUUUUAGGGGGCGUUGAUGAUACCAUCAGAUGGCCCUGCCUGUCAGUCAAAGAGCACAAUUCUUUAUAUGUACAUAGAUGAAUUUGAUACGUUUUAUUCAUGUCUGCCAAGGGUUUGAUAAGGAAACCUAUUUUGGCACAACAGGGGUGUGCCAAAGAAUAAAAUAAAACUCGUGGCAGCUCCAAAACUUUCCAGAAAACUCUUUCUACCAGGACUGUUCAUUGUUGAGAUCAAGACACACACAUUUGUUCAGUGAGUCUUAUAAAAUUUUCUGAAAUGAGUGUGAUGUCUUCAGAUUUCAUUCUCAUUUUCCAAAAUUUUGUGAUACUUGAUUUUGUCACAAUCUGCACUGCCUAGCAUCUACUCAGUCCCUCUGCCUCCCUUCAAGUCUUCUGCUGUGCUCCCAAUGGUGUAUGUACUGUAUGUAUGUUUGAGUGUAUAUAUACACACGUGCACUUGCCAGGUGUGCAUUAAGGCCAGUAAUAUACAGGUUACGAUGGAAAAGGAGGUGCCUUCUUCUUGUGAAAGCAGACGUAGGCCUACUCCUCUGUACAGGUGUGAAUACAUUCUUUCUCUGUGUAAAAAUGUGUAUAAAUGCAUUCACAGGCACCCAGCCGACUGUGGGCCUGUCUCUCUGAUGUACUGUUCUUUUUCCUUGACAUAUCUGGGUGCCAGCUCCCCCUUGUCUUUGUCAUGAGCACUCUGAACCACACAAAGCCUUUUACUGCACACAGAGUGAAGAGGGACAAAUAAAGCUGAUGGAAAGAAACCCACCUGAAUCUUUGCUCUGUUCCAUUUUAUCCACAGACUGUAACUGAAGACUGACUGUUUUAGAUAAAGCAUGGGUACCAAGUCUGCAUUUUACCCCAUAGAACCUCUAGAAUCUUGAAUGUAUGUACCCUGUUGUUUUUGCGCCUCUCCAGCUUGAUCUGAAUGCAUUUUAAGGAACUCCUGCUGUCAGUCACCACCCUGAAAAUGCAACACUUUCCAAGCACCGAUUUUUCAAAGAGAAAUGUUAAUGUUAUACUUGUGUCUCUCACCAAGGGGUGUCUCUCUUUGUUCUUUAUGGAACACAAAUAUGGUCUUUGUUAUUAAAAAGAGAAAAAAAGAAAGAA